AUUGUGAUUGCUUGCUGUGGCACAAAAGGGAGUAUUGAAAUGGGAAGUCUAAAUAAACUGGAGGAUGAUGUCCAGUGGUUUAGAGUAGAUAUUCCAGAGAAUACUGAAAGACUUACAUCACUUCAAAGAAUAAGGAUAUUGUCAAAGAAAACCAGAAAAAACAAUAGGAUUUUUGUCCACUGUAAAGAUGACAAAGCUUUCUUUAAGUUUCUAGGAGAAAGUUCAACUUUCAGUUUAUUUGAGGGAAAGGAACUGACCAGUGAUCCUGAAGUAUUUGAAUAUUUCAUAGUACAGGAUGGUAGAGAGAUACUGGUUUGUGAAAAUAAUGGGGAAUUAUUUGAAAACAUGUUCCCAAAAGGCAGAGGAAGAAAAAUAAAGUAUACAGCUUUGCUUGAAAGGACUGUAACAGUUAAAGAAAUGAAUUUGUAUCACCCAAAGUCUGAAUUUACCAAGUGUGUAAAUUACAAGGUUGAUUUUAAACAUGAACUCAACAAAAUGUGCAUCAGUGAUAACAUACAAUGCCUGAAACCUUCUGAGACUAAUCAUAUAAAUGUUGCAGCAAUUCUUUUGAAGACUGGUACAAACGUGCUUGAUGACACAGAAGAUCCAGCGUUUGGAAUGUUUGGCACCACGGGCAAGAAAGUCAAAUAUAGAGAUUUUUCAAGAUGUAAACCUGCAAGAAAGCAGUAUGAACUGGGAAAGGAGGCAGCUGUAGAUAAUAUUUCGGGCAAACAAGAAGUUGAACCAUGCUUUUAUGCAUAUCCUGCUGGAAAUGUGAAAACCUCAGAUGAAGGUACAUCAUUAAUAAAGACUUUACCAUGUUUAGAACCUGACCCUGAACUGAAAGAGAAAUAUCAGCAAUCACAACCAGAUGAAUGUUUGGAUACUGCAUCAAAGCAGACUGACUUUAAUUUUGCGGUUGAACAUGGAGAACUUUCUAUAAAAUCUGAAGAUGGCUCAAGAGGAACACAGAAAAGGCUUUCAAAGGACAAAAAGAAAAAUACAACUGAAUUAGACAUAUUUGUAGAAAGUGAUAAAUUAGAUUCAAGUAAGAAAGCAGAAAGAAAGAGAAAAUCUACAGCUAAAAGUAAGUUAUCCAGAAAAGUUGCUAAAAGCAAAGGUAGGGGUUUUAAGAAGAGGAAAAAAAAUAGCAAAAAACGAAGAAAAAAGUCCAGACGUAAAAGAAAGAAACAAUUUAAAAAUAGAAAUGAUUCAUCAAAAAAACAUACCAGAAUAUAUAAAGAGCAGGAGAAGAAGUUGAGAGAGUUAACUGAUCUAUGCUGCUGUAAAAUGCCCCUUGAGGUGAAUGCUUACUUAUACCCUAUCAGAAGAGAAAGGGAAGGUGGGGCAUCUCAUAAUCCGGAAAAUCACACAGUUGGAAAUGCAGAUGCUGAAGAAAUCCCAAAUCAGUCUACAACUGGGGCUACAGAUGAUGAAACCCAGCAACCUGCCGCAGAGCUGUCUCCAACAGAGGGAUUGAAUGACAAUGUCCAAGUCUCUAACCUGCCUGAGCCUGAAGUUACUAACAAUGACCUUGAAUAUGGACAGAUCCUGACAUCAGCAGACUCAAUAUUUCAGAACAAUACUCGUAUCCAAACCACAAACCUGGCGACUGCAGAUGCAGAGAGGAGUUUAGUAAAUAGACUCGGUGGAGAGUUACAUGAAAGCAGAUCCAGCCAACCCCAGGCACCACCAAGAUACCAUCAGUUUGCUGAUCAACCUUCACGACAGAGGUCCUUCUCAAACUGGCCUUCCACAACUGGGCAGAAUCCAUCUAGAAUGGUAGCUAAUGGAUUCUUUUACACAGGGAGAUGUGACUUAAUAAGAUGUUUCCAAUGUGGGAUUAGUUUGAAGGACUGGUCAGUCUCAGAUGAUCCCCUCAUUGAACAUAUAAAGCACUCGCCAAAUUGUCAAUUUCUGAAGGAUCUCCUUGGACAAGAAUUACUCAAUGAAUAUAAACACAUUCUUACAGCCUGCAGACAGACACAUACCAAUAGGUAUACAGCAGUUGCAGAUAACCAGGAACCUCGAAUUGCAAGAGUAGGAACCCCAGAGUACUCCCAGCAUGAAGCCAGAAUACAUUCCUUUGCCAAAUGGCCGGCAUUCUCACAGCAGUCACCACAGGAUUUGGCUGAUGCUGGCCUGUUCUAUACAGGAUUCAGAGACCUGUGUCGCUGUUUCACCUGUGAUGGAGGGCUGCAGCAUUGGGAAGCUGAUGAUGACCCUUGGAUAGAACAUGCACGCUGGUUCCCACAAUGUACGUAUGUGAGGCAUGUUAAGGGGCAGGAAUACAUCAAUAUGGUGCAACAAGCUGCAGCACAAGCUUUUGAAGAAGAGAAUCCUGUGGGUUCAAUUCCUGAGCCAGGACAGUUUCAGAGGAACACACUUGCUGAAGCACAGAGGCAAGAUGUAGGACGGGUCCUCCCACCAGACACCCCACCUGAAGGAGAUAUUUUUACUCUUGACUGCCAGGCAU